AAUCAUCAAGCAGACCGCUCGGGGCGUACUGGCACAGAAAUACAGAAAGAAAAAGUGUCUGGGUGCGGUCGGGACGUGUAAACUAUACAGGGGCAUCUGUACAACACAGUGAAAACUAUACGGGGCCAGAGCAGUGACGGAAGCACACCGAAACGGCAAGAACAGGCUCCCUCGCAUUACCAGCCAGCGGGUGCAGUUUUUGCUGAGCCAAGCCCGAUUAUUCUUGCUUAUCGCACAGUGUCGCUCCGCCGUACGUGUGUGCAGUCAAAAAGAAUCGUCGAAUCCCCGCUGUGCGUGUGUGAUAUUAUGUGUGUAUGUGUGUUUCUGUGCACGUUCGUGCAUGCGUGUCAAGGAAUUUAAGGAAAGCAACAACUAAUCAAUGAUCGAUAGAGGGCUGUAACCGGAAGCCCUCCCGCGGGCCGGUCAGUAGAGUGGCAACGGCGGGCGGCGGUGGCGGCACAUUUUAUUGAACAAUCAGCGCAUCACAACAACUGCUGUGGUGUGAAGAACGGGUCAAAUUUCUAGCAGCAGUUGAAACCACGAACGUCGUCACUCGUAAACUGUUUGUUUUAGAAGUGCGUACAGUGUGUAUUUGUGUGUGUGUCUGUGUGUUUGCAGCGUUGUCAAGCUAGGCAGAUCGUAGUGUGUCAUAGCAACGGAAAAGGGCUGGCAGCCGGCCGGGACAAGAGGGAAACGAUAAAGCAGAACACAGAAGCAGCGAACGCGCGCGCGUCUGCAUUAAUUACUAAACCGGGCGGCUGGGGACCAUCCACGUACCCACUGCCGAACAGCGAAACGUACGCAACAACUGGGAAGGAACGAAGUCAGUCCAAGCAAGACGACGACGGCGGCGACGGUCGCGCACACAAUCGCUCCACUCGGUGUGGCCUUUGAGCUAGGGUAGAGAAGAAUCAAAUCACCAUCAUCAUCGUUAGUAGAUUCGUCAUAGUUCUUGCGCUGCCGCGCAACAUCUGUACCCUGCUCGUAGUUUCCGCCCCGGUUGCGGCUGCCCGGUCUGCUCAAUGCAUCUGCCCGCCUUACGACGACGGUGUACCACUAUCGGUGGCUAGGCAAGUGGUCGUACACGAGUACACUGCAGGUACUACUAGAGGUAGCUGUGCUACGCGCCCAACCUUCCCAGACCGCGCGGACUGCCGUUGCGUGCGCGAUGGAUAAUUCGCGUAAUGAGUCGAAAAUGUCGCGACUGGCCGACUAUUUCGUCAUCGUUGGAUACGAUCACGAGAAAGAGCGAACCGGUUCGAGGAGUGGAAAAAUUAUUCAAAGAUUUCCCGAGAAAGAUUGGCCCGACACACCGUUCAUAGAAGGAAUAGAAUUGUUCUGUCAGCCACAAGGAUGGGCCCUCUCCACGAUCCGCCAGGAGCCCCAGUUCUUUGUGUCGGUGCUCACCGACAUGGAUGGCAACCGGCAUUACUGUGCGUGCCUGAGCUUCAACGAAACGAUCGCUAUCACGCCGAGCAAACCGAUCGACGAGGAGGAGGAGGACGACAAUCUGUCCCCGUCCGGCGGCGGACCAGCAGGCGGCGGCGUGCUGGCCAACAGUGGGCCACCCUCCAUCACGCACCAUAGCAUCAUGUAUGCGCCCAAGUGUCUCGUAAUCGUCUCGCGGCUGGAGUACAUCGAAGCGUUUCGCAACUGUCUCGGCACGAUCUACACGGUGUACCUGGAGAGUCUGAAGUUUCAGCUACACUAUCUGAUCGGCAGCAUUCUUGGCUGCAUACAGGUGCCGCCGCCCGGUGGACCGCCGGUACGCUUUUCGAUCGGUGCGGGCGACAAGCAGAUCCUGCAGCCGCCGCUCUCCAACACGCUGCCCGUGACGGGAUCGUGCGUCAGCGUGCUGUUCCACCAGCUCGGCAUCAAGAACGUGAUGUUGCUGUUCUGCGCCGUCAUGACCGAGCACAAGAUACUGUUUCACUCGACCAGCUACACGCGCCUUACGGACAGCUGCCGGGCGCUGACCGCGCUAAUGUACCCGUUCCGGUACAGUCUCGUUUACAUUCCGAUACUGCCCGCCUCGCUGCUGGAGGUGCUGACGAUGCCGACCACUUUUAUCAUGGGCAUCCACAGCUCGUUGCGGUCGGAGAUAAGCGAAAUACUGGACGUGAUCGUGGCCGAUCUCGACGGUGGAUCGAUACACAUUCCCGAGUCGCUGGUGCCACCGAUCGCCCGGCUGCCGGCUUCGCUCUGGGACUCGACCGAGCAUGCGCUGCGGAUGGUGCUGCAUCCGGAGCUGGCGCUGGCAGAUCUCGCCUUCCCGGUCGGCAGUAGUCUGCACGGCCCGGGGCUCAACAACAACAUCAACCAGAGCAUGGCGAUGGCACCGUUGGGCGGCGGCAUUAGCAACGGGUACAGCUUCCGCGAGCAGAAGAACGACAUUAUGCUGGACAAGGAAAUACGGGCCGUGUUUAUGCGCCUGUUUGCCCAGCUGCUGCAGGGUUACCGGUCCUACCUCACGCUCAUUCGCAUCAACCCAAAACCGAUCAUACAGUUCCAUCGGGCCGGCUUUCUCGGCGCGCGGGAGCUGGUGGACUGCGAGUUUCUGUCGCGCGUGCUGGACAGCAUGUUCUUCACGGGGUUUGUGACCGAGCGCGGUCCACCGUGGCGUGCGUGCGAUGCGUGGGACGAGCUGUACAGCACGAUGAACGAUCUGCUCAAGUCGGAAUUGCUCGAUCCCGCCCUGGUGCUGGCCCACAUACAGGAUCUCGCGAAGCAGCUGUACGCGAAUGAGUACCCGAACCCGCAGCCCUUUCAGCAGAAAAUUCUGCGCCCCCCGGACGGUGCGUUCGCGCGUAUUCAUCAACCGCCGAUGCCGCUGAUCGACGCGCAGGAGGUACAGAACGUGAUCAACGAUGGGCUGCAGGCGAACGAUUUGCAAUCGCGCAUGCAGCCAGUGCGGGUGAAGCUGCGCAUCGUACCGAUGGGACCGUACCUGAAACCGGCCCCGCAGGAAACGCGCCCGACCGUGAAUAACAGCGCCCGCAAGCUGGAGGUGCUGCGCAACUGCAUCAGCUGCAUCUUUGACAAUAAGAUCACGGAGGCGCGCAAGAGCUUCCCGGCGGUGCUGCGGAUACUGAAGCAGCGGGAGGCCCGGCUCACCAUGUGCCGCGAGCUGGCCAAGAUCGGGCAGGGCAACAAGCAGCUCGACCAUCAGCAGUUCGAUCUCGUGAUCAAGCUGAUGAACCGUGCGCUGCAGGACGACUCGGCGAAGGACGAGUACGGGGUGGCGGCGGCGCUGCUGCCGCUGUCCUCGCUGUUCUGCCGCAAGCUGUGCACGGGCGUGAUACAGUUCGCGUACACCUGCAUCCAGGACCACCCGGUGUGGAAGUCGCAACAGUUCUGGGAGGACGCCUACUACCAGGAGGUGCAGACCGCGAUCAAGGAGCUGUACCUGCCGCUAGCGAACUGGCCCAAGCCGAGCGGAAUCGGGGGUGGCAUCGGUGGUGGCGGCCUUGCGGACAGCAGCGCCCUGCUGUCGCAGUCCAUGUCGCGCGACAAGCUGGACCGUGCGUCGUUGCUGUCGCGCGCCCAGGAACCGUCGGCGCUGGAGAUUGCGGCCGACCAGAUGGGCAAGUGGGCCACGAUGGACGCGGUCACGCAGAAGGAGCUGACGAACAAGGAGGAAAGCACGCUGUACAGCCACGCGAUACACUACGCCUACCGGAUGGUGUACCUGCUGGUGCCGCAGGACGUCGGCGGCGCCGUCGGCCGGGUGCAGCGCGAUAAGGACGGGCGGCAUCUCGAGGACGACACGAGCGUGUCGAACAGUGUGAUCGAGUCGCGCAGCCACAACAGCGACCACAACAGCGACGAAGGGUUCGAGGAGCACGAUCCGGGCGAGACGGGCAGCGCGGUCACGAAGAUGGUGUGCAAGUUCAUCGAUCGCGUCUGCACCGAGGGCAACGUGACGGCGGAGCACGUGCGCAACCUGCACCAGAUGGUGCCGGGCACGAUCCAGAUGCACAUCGAGACGCUGGAGGCGGUCGCGCGGGAAGCGAAGCGCAUACCGCCGAUCCAGAAGCCGAAGCUCCAGUACCCGGUGCUGCUGCAGGAGGAGAAGAUUAUCGGCGAGCUGCGCGCGUACCUGCUGGCGGACGGGCGGGAAGACAAGGAGGGCGGCAGCAGCGGGACGAUGCUGCCGGCGGAGGGUGCCCUUUUCCUCACCAACUAUCGGGUGGUGUUUCGCGGGUCGCCGUGCGAUUCGUACUCGUGCGAGCAGAGCGUGGUGCGCGCGUUCCCCAUCUCCUCGCUCACGAAGGAGAAGCGGCUGACCGUGAUCUAUCUGCAGCAUCUCGAGCAGGUGCUGCCGGAGGGGAUGCAGCUGCGGUCCUGCACCUUCCAGCUGAUAAAGGUCGCGUUCGACGAGGAGGUGCCGCAGGAGCAGGUCGACGCGUUCCGCAAGGCGGUGCACAAGAUCCGCCACCCGGAGGACGAGUUCGGGCACUUUGCGUUUGCGACGCACGGGCUGGCCCAUCCGGGGUUGCUCGGGCCGGGCCACAAGGUAAAGGAGAAGAACGCCACGUUGAAGGAUUUCGCGAAGAAAACGCUCCUGCGGACGGCAAUGAAGGCCGGGUUUAAGCAGAAGGCGGGCGCCACCAAGCGCAAAUACAUACUGCCCGGCGCGGUCGAGUAUGACGAUGCGUACAGUAGCGGUGGGCUGCUGGGGGUCGGUGGCCCGAGUGGAGGUGGCAGCUCCGGGGGCGGUGGAGGCGGUAUGGGUGAGAGCAACAACAACAACGACGACGACGACGUGUCGGACGAGGGCACCGACACGCUUCCGCGCGUGCACGUGAAGGACGUGGAGCGGUUGAAGGAGCGUAGCUACGUGCGCGACUGGUUGCGGCUGGGGCUGGGCGAUGUGCAGACGACCGGUUACCGGAUUUCGCCCGUCAACAGCAACUACAGCAUCUGCCGGACGUACCCGGCGAUGCUGGUGUGCCCGAAGGAGGUGACGGACGAUUCGCUGCGCUGUAUGGCGCGGUGCUACAAGCAGCACCGCAUACCGGUGGCAACGUGGCGGCAUCGAAACGGAGCCACGCUGCUGCGUGGCGCCAUCCCGCAGGCCAAGGGUGUGAUGGGGAUGCUUAAGGGCCACCCCGGUUCGGCGAAUGCGUCCACGGAUAGUACGAGCUUCCAGGAGCAGGAUCGCUACUUCGUGCAGGUGAUCAAGAUGACACCGCACACGCGCACCAUUCGCCAUCAGGCGUGGGGCGGACUGUCCGACUCGAACAUCUCGCUCGACUCGCUCGCCCUCGCCGCGAGCAAUCUGAUGACGCGCUCUGACAUGUCCACACUCACGCCGGACACGGGACGGAAGCAACAUCACCACGGGCAUCACGAGGCGGGCAAUGGUGGGGCGAAUGCUGGCGGCGGCGGCGGCGGCCUGUAUUCGAUCAACAAUUCCUCAUUCUCCAGCUUCGGAGCGAUGCGAUCGAACAUCGUGAAGUCGAACAAGUGGGCAUCGCUGAAACCGAACCGCAACUCGACGUCGGCAGCGGUCGGCGCCGGUCCCGAUUCGACCAGCCUGCGGGACGUGAACCAUUGGGAGCGGGACGGUGCCGGCGGUAGCCAUCACCAUCACCACCAUCUUCACCACGGCGGUGGGGCAGGGCCGGGACACCCAGGUGGCGGCCAGCAGUCGCACUACGCAUUCCAGCGCGUUCCGCUCUACUUUCUGGGCGAAAAGUCCCAGUCCAAGUCGGCGAAGCUGUCGGAAAUGUACGCCGAGUUCAUUCCGGUCGACUACACGGACGUGCGGCAUUCGCGCACGGCGUUCAAAAAGCUGAUGCGUGCCUGCCUGCCGUCCUGCGACACGAACGAGCCGGACCAAACGUUCGCCAAGCUGGUGGAGCAGUCGGACUGGCUGCAACAGAUUCGCGGCCUGCUGCAGCUCUCCGGCGCCGUGGUCGAUCUGAUGGACCUGCAGGAAUCGAGCGUGACGCUAGCGCUCGAGGACGGGUGGGACGUGACGGCGCAAAUUUCCUCCCUCGCGCAGCUCUGUCUCGAUCCGUACUACCGCACGAUCGAGGGCUUCCGGGUGCUGAUCGAGAAGGAGUGGCUCGCGUUCGGGCAUCGGUUUGGCCAUCGGAGCAAUCUGAAGCCGAACUCCAGCUCCGGCUCCCCGUUUGCGCCGACGUUCCUGCAGUUCCUGGAUGCGGUGCACCAGAUACAGCAGCAGUUUCCGCUGGCGUUCGAGUUUAACGAGUUUUACCUGCGCUUCCUGGCGUACCAUCAUGUGUCGUGCCGGUUCCGCACGUUCCUGUUCGACUGCGAGCUGGAGCGGGUCGAUUUUGGCAUAACGGCGAUCGACGAUAAGCGCGGCUCGCUCAAUUCGCACCACAAGCACGUGGUGGAAGCGCUCACGAUUUCCGACGACGAUAAUCUCAUCUAUCCCGGCAUGGGCGGCGGCAGCGGUGGUGGCAACGGCGGUGUGCCGGGAAGUGGUGGCCCCGGUGGCCCCAUCGGUGGUUCUUCGGCGGGUGGCGGCGGUGGCGGCGGUGGCGGCGGUGGCGUCCUGGGCGGCGCCAGAAACACCAACACGCAAAAGUUUGGUCCCUCGCUGUUCGACUACAUCGAACGGCAGCAUGCCAAGUCGCCCAUGUUCUACAACUUUAUGUACACGCCCGAUCCGGAACGGACGGUGUUGCGGCCGCAGAGCGCGAUAUCGGUGCUGGAGAUUUGGUCGUACUAUCUCGGGGAGGAGCUUGCCCAGGGACCGCCGUACGAUCCGGAGCUGGUCGGGAGCGACAAUAUGGAGGACGACUGUGAUUACAUGUACUCGACGGCAGCGGGCGGUGGCGGCGGGCCGGGCAAUGCUGGCAGCUUGGGUAGCACCAGCGGUACCGGCGGUCCGUCCGGGGCGAUGAUGCUCCGACAGCCGAGACGCCGUGUGGUGACGGUGAACUAUGACAGCUUGAGCCGGUACGAGGCGGACGCGUUCACCAAGCUGCUGGACGAGCUGAAGACGGCCGAGGCGGAGCGAGGGCUGUUGCCGCAGAAGUGGCGCCAGGUGUGGGACAAGCUGGAGCCACCGCAUUCGGAUUCGCUCACCCGCCAUGCGUCGUUCAGCAGUGCGCUGGUGCGCUCGCACGGUCGACUGCUGCACAAAAGGUCAACGCUGGAAAUUCUUAUGCGCGGACGGCAGGCAGGAUUCCAUCAGGAGAACUUUUUGCAUCCUCAUCGCUUUGAAAAGCACGUGUACUCGGCACCGGUCAACUGUAACCACUGCGGUAACGUUCUCUGGGGCCCUCUGCUGAACGGUUUAAGGUGCGUUGAUUGUGGCAAUACCUAUCACGAGAAAUGUGCGGAAUCGGUUCCGAAAAACUGUACCAAAUACAAGGCGGUCGAAGGUGGCAACCAGCCGACGCUGGCCCGUACGCAGGGCGACAAUAAUAGCGUCUCGUCUAGUGUAAACACGACCAACACCAACAGUCAGCAUUACUACGAACAGUACGACAGCAAGGUGGCGGACGAUCGCACCCAUGAAGGCUACCUCUACAAACGCGGCGCAAUCUUAAAGAACUGGAAGCAGCGUUGGUUCGUGCUGGACUCGCACAAACAUCAGCUGCGGUACUACGAUACAAUGGAUGAUUGUAGCUGCAAGGGGUAUAUAGAGCUGGCUGAAGUACAAUCGGUCGCGCAAGCGCCACCACAAACAGCACCAGCACCCUCGAAGAAGAUCGAUGAUCGUGCAUUCUUCGACCUCAAAACAAGCCGCCGAACGUACAAUUUCUACGCCCAGGAAGCGUCCAGCGCGCAGGAGUGGAUUGAGAAAAUUCAAGCCUGCCUGCAGUAAAAGCACCGUCGUCUACCUACCUCCCUCGUCCUCGGUAUUAGGCUGAUACUUUAUAUCGCGUAGAGCACUGAGGUGCACGGUCUCGAAGUAUGUAGCUAAACGAAAAUAUUCGCAUUCGCGUGGCAGAUGAGUCUAGUCUGUGUAAGCAUGCCACCAAUCAUUAUUUGAUCCAUUUUA